CAGAGCCCUUCUUCCUCUUGACCUCUGGAAAACGAUGGACGUGCUGCUUCCUUCUAAAUUUAGACACUUAUUUGUGUCUGUGCACUAUGCGCUUCAAACUGCAGUUCUUGUUUAUGUCAAUAGUUUAGGCCUAGUUCGGUCGAAGCGAGGUGACAGACCCUCGCUGGUCUCCGUUGGCACUAUGAGCGACAGCUCGGUCUGACGGACGCGCACAUCACAGUAACGGUACCUUUCAUGUUUACGAGACUCGGAAAGAGACGUAAUGGCGCAGGAGAAUAAUAGUCAUUUCCUUACUAUCCCCUCACAAGAGGAUCUUUUCAGGACUGUGAGGCCAGAGCGUUUCGAAGACAACAGUAAUGAUGAGGAUGAGGAAGAAACGGAGGAAGACGUCAGGCUAAUACCGAGGUCUUCUCCUAUUCCCAGAAAGCGAGGCACUUCGAUUGCGGAUGAAACCGCCGAGUACAUGCGAAUUCGCCUGGCGUUACCGACCAGAAGCGUGUCGUUUGCAGACAGUUCGGGAGCCGAGCUGGUCGAUGUCAGAUUGUUUGUCCCGUUUGAUUCAGAUGACGAGGACGAUGCAAGAUGGGAGGAAGAGAAGGCGCGGUACCGAAAAGCCUACCGUGAGCCCACUUACCGUGUGUGGCCGGAGUUCCAGCCGCUCACCGGAGCAGAGCUCGUGCACGCAGUCCACAGCAACAAGCUGGAAGUGGAGAGCGUGACAUCUGUGCCAGACGAGCCUCUGUCAUUCGAGGUGCUUAUUCGUGUGCUCAACAUUUCUUUUAAAAAAUCAGUUUAUGCCCGGUCCACGAUGGACGGUUGGAUCAGUCACUUUGAUUACCCAGCCGACUACGUCCAGGGCUCCAACGAAGGCGAAACGGACAAGUUCUCCGUGAAACUGGCCUUCGCUUCACCGUAUCUGUUCAACGGAGCGCGGAUUGAUUUUGUUUUGCGCUAUGAGACGGCAGAUGGAGAGUUUUGGGCAAACAACUCAGGCAGGAAUUACUCGGUAACUCUCUUACAGUCAUUUGAAGACGACACAAUCCUGACCACCACAGAGGACACAACAGAGCUGAGAGGGAUCCUGAAACCUCCCAGAUACAGAGCUGACAUUGGUUUUGACGACUCUGAUGACAGAGAAGAAGAUGCAGAUCUGAGCAGCACUAAGUGUGAAGCAGCAGAGAAUCGAGCGUCUUCUGCACAGCCGGUUACAGUCCAGCCAGAGAUCGACAUCGAGACUGCCAAGAAUUCGUCCAUUUCUCCAGAAUUCACCAGAACCUCCUCCACAGCUGGAUGUCCUCAGUUCACUUUAGAUACUCCCCCUGGAGAACCACUUGCACUAGAAUUAAUGUCAUCCAAUAGUUUACCACAAACAGAAGAGUCUGGACUUCAGCCGUCAACUCUAUCCGUCCCCCAGUCGCGUUCAACACAGCAGUUCUCUGAGCCACAAGAUCAAUUCUAUAAUGUUGGUCCUUCCUUGCCCCUUCCCCUUCCUUCAGUCCUCGAACACCAUUAUGAUCACCCAGAGACAUCAAAGGAUGAAUUUGAGGAUUCCAGUAAACCUGACCAAUCCCUUCAUCCACAAAAGGAUUAUUUUCACAGUGAUAUGUUAGCGCAAGUGCCUUUCGAGUUAGGCCAACCAUCACGGGCUGGGCUUCCAGACAUGCCACAAAUCCAGGAAGAAGGUAUGCAGAAUGUUAAGGAUAAAGAAGAUGUUGAGGAAAAGGAUGACAUAUUGACAGAUGUGCCUGAAGAACCAAGUAGGAAUGCCGGAGAAGAUAAAACAGGGACUUACUUUCACAUGUUGGAAGAAGCCAAGCAGCUUCCUGCAUCAAAUGAGGUAUACAAUGCCGUUAAAGAUCUGGAAGAGUGCAAUUUAUCAGAGGGAUCACAGCCCCCCCUGGAGGAAGGAAUUCCAGAACAGAAACUAGAACUUGUCUCUUCAGUCCGAGUCGAGACCACCAAGACAACUGAGGUGGAAAGUACCAAGAUGGAUGAGGAGGAAACAGAUGGUUUGGUACCCUCUCAUUUAGGUCCCACAAGAAAGGACAAAGAAUCUCAAAGUUUUCUCAUCCAUCCAGUCUCUAAUAAGCCAGAAACCAUACAACAUCAGCAAGAGGAAGGACUUGUCUUGGAUCCCAGCAUGUUGGCCUCAGUCCUCCCUGAUGAUCCACACCUUGAUAACCAAACUGUUUCCAUGUGUAUUCCAGAGCAUCCAGUGAGCAAACCAGAAAAGCCAGAGCUGAUCAGCAUUUCUGAAACAUUACCAACAGCCUUAAAUCUUCAACCUUCAACUGUUAACUCUUCAGAAGAUGAAUUAAUUUUUGAGGGUGGUGAACCUUCUACUGCUCCAUAUCAGACAUGUGAAGACCCUGGAACCCUGCACACACUGCCCAGACACGGCACUAAACUAUCUCAAAUAUCAAAGGAUGAGACUCUGGACACAUGUCUGGUGGUCCCUGCAACCUUCUUCACUGUUGUUAUUUGCCUGGCUGUUGGGAUUCAAGAGCCCAGCUUUUUUCUGUGUGUGGGAUUAUUCCUGUUUCUUGUCUAUAGAUAGAUAGAUCUAUGUUUUAUCAAUCUAUUAGAUUCCUUCUAAUUUCUAUGCCAGCCAGCUCUCAGAUCAGUUUUUUUCUAAAAAGCCUUAAGACUUUUCCUUCUUACUUUUCCCCCAGUGCCUUGAGGAAUUCCAAAGUGUGUGUGUGUGUAUAUUCAGACUUCUAGUAUAAAAUCUGCAAUGGUUUAUUUACAACCAAAUAAAUAGUUUGAAAAAGCAGUUUGUGUUUUAGCUGAGUGACAUCACUGUGUACCUCAUAUAAGACUGGCCAAUUAAAAUAUGGCUCAGCUCAUUGAUUCAUACUGACUAAAAUGUCUGGUAUGUCUAUAUAUGUAUGUGCAUACAGUAGCUACUGAAGAUUACAUUUGACUUGUUUUGUAUAUACAAUCUGGGAGUCAUUUGUGAAUGGAAUGACAAGAGGGUGUGCGUAUGUGGUUUUAUGUGUGAUAAGAAAGGAGGUGAGACUGGACAAAUAGCACAGGUGAUUUCAGAGCCUAUUUUCUAAGAAUGUUUGAGGUUGUUUAGUUAAAUCUGAAGUUUUGCUUAUACCACAAUGAGGAAUUAGUCUGUGUAGACAACUAUGAACUGAGCAGAGCAUUUAUCAAAGUAUGAAAUGUUUUAUGACAUUUGAGUUGGUAUGUUUAUUCACUUAAUUUCACUGUAAAUGUUUGUUAUAUGUGACUUCGGUUACACACACGCUGCCUAUAAGCUUCAAAUAGAAGAGUGUUUCACAUCCCUCCACUUCCUAAAGAGUUAAAAGAAACACUUGAAGUUGCAAACCUUUCUUGUCAGUUAGCAGACAAGUGUAUGGCAUUUUGCAGUGCUCUUUAAAAGUGUGCCCCAAGCCUCUUAUACCCCAAAAAGGUCACGCAUUGCACUGAAGUCACAGCAUCAAGUUACCGGGUGACUAGACACCACUGAAGGAAGAGGAUGGAAUGGUUCCUUGAAGAAAUCCUUGACCCUUGAUUCCCUUCUCCUAAAACUUGACACUUAAGAUAUGGAGUCAAUCAUUUUAUUACUUUGUCUCACUGAAUUAAUGUGUAAACAAGGUUGUGAACACAGUAUGUGCUGCUUAAUGAAAUAUUCACAUUUUAUCAUGUCAGCGUCAAAGUAGAAAUAAAAGUUUAUAACUAAUAAAAA